UCUCUGACGAGUUACGAUACUCCUGAAACAGUGCUGUAGCAGGUUCGAGCAUCACAAUCCCCUAGGCACCGCCACCUUCCUUCAGAAUUCGCAAUCUGUGUCUCUAAAGCCAAGCUGCAUCUCUCUUUUUUCUUUCUUGAUUGAAUUGACGGGUUACAGAUAGAUUCGAUAAUUUGAAGAAGAGAGAAGCGCGUUGUAUACAUUCCUUUGUUGAUUGAAGAACGAGAAUACAUCUUUUUUGGCACGAGAUUGAGAUCGAGAGCACCACUACACGAUAAUCACGAUGUCGAUUUUGCGGGCAAGACAGAAUUUCGAGGGUAAUGAUCCGGAGUUUGUUUAUGAUGAUCAGAGAUCAUUCUGGUGGACGAGAACGGGACAAAUUGUCAGAUGGUCAAUCUUCUUUGGCAUCUUCUUUCUUUUCCUGGCAUAUAUGAUUAUUGGGUACUGGCACGCAAAGAGAAGGAUCAAUAAGGGUCUUGCACCUCUGGCAUAUCACAGAUGGCUGCUCAACAGACAACAAAGAGCAAGAUUCGACCCAGCAUACCAGAACCCACAGGUCUUCUAUAGACCACACCAGGGCACUCAGUAUGGCAUGCAUGCAAUGCCACCGCCAAUGUACGACCCCAAUGCACCAAUGCCUCCUACCUAUCAACCACCUGAGGGAGCAACGAAGGUCGAUCCUUCACAAUGGAGAUCUCAGCCAACUCGAAGACCACAAGAAUCUGGCGAGGCCUCUCCAGCGUACGAAGCUCCAGCAGGACCUCCUCCAGCGUCCGCCCUUCAUGCAGACCACACCGGUGCCAGCACCACAAGCAACAACCCAUAUAGAUUGUAAAUAUGUGGAGGAUGGAUGGAAUUCGGAAUAGCGAGUUGGCAGAUUGAUAUCAUUUGUAAUGCGCUACAAGCAGGAGUAAUGGAGAUCCUUAACGUUUCUGGAGAAACAAUACACCACGCCUAGAGCAGGCAACUCAUGUACUAUCAGGAAUAGACACACGAUCAAGAAGACUUGAAGAAUGGGUAC